CGCGGAGAUAGAAGUAGAGGAGGAAAGAGAACAGAAAACUACACUUCCCAUCGUGCCCUGGCCCCACUUCCAGCACCUAGGCAGGCCAUCCCCGUAUUGUCGCGUUGAGGUCGCCUGGAAGAGGAAGACUUCAUUUCCCAUCAGGCCUCGGUCCCACUUUCGGUGCCUCGGCCGUCCUGCUCCGCUUCCUAUACAUCCGCUUCUGUGGGCGCGAGAGGCGAAGAAAAGACUACAUUUCCCAUAGUGCCCCAGGCAAACUUCCGGUGCCCGGCCUUUCCUCUUUCCCCUCAGCCCUGCGCUUCCUCUCUCUAGCCGCCGCCGCCGGGAUGCUGCGGGGGCUCCUGGCCUUUCGCAGCCAGGUCACCCGCCUGGGUCUGGUCUGCCCGAGCCCGACACCGCUCCUGGCCGUCCCUUCGCGGGGCCGGAAGUCGCGCCACGACCCUCCCGCCAAGUCCAAGGCCGACAGGAUCAAAGUCCCGCCGCCCGUCGACGCGGCCGAGCUGCUGGUGGUGCAAGAGCGCUACGUGCGCUACCGGCAGGUCAUGCGCGCCCUCAGAGGUGAGUUCAAAGAAGAGGUGCUGCAGAAGCAAUACGAUGAGAAGUUCGGGAAAGUGGGGACACGGAGAAAGGAAGCUGCGGAGGAGGAGCAUCGACAGUUGAUGGCCUGGAAUGACGCAGAGAACAAGCGCCUAAUGGAGCAGAGGAAGGAGCGCCUCCAAAAGGAGGAAUUAGCUGAAAAAGAACGCCAAUUGCGCGGAGCUCAGCACCAGGCUGCGCUUAUGGAAGAAUUUCUCAAGGAGAAGGAGAGAGAAGUGAUCCAGUUGCAGGAGGAAGCCAAGAACUUCAUCACCCCUGAAAACCUGGAUGAGCGGAUUGAGGAGUGCCUAGACAACCCACACAACUACAAUUUUGCCAUUGAUAAGGAAGGAAGGAUAGCGAAGCAGAGCAUCUUGCCUUAGGGACUGUUGUCAGAGGAGCAUGGGUUUCCAGAUAAUCCCUUCCAGAGCGGUUGGGUGUCCUUUCCAUCCAGCCACCAGACUCGCUUUGAGGGAACAAGGACCGGUUUGCUCACUUGCAUCAAUAAGAUUGCCUUGAGAUAUUUACCCUGAAUGGCAUAUAUUUGGGGUUUUGUUCUUCCAGACCUUCUUGAAGAGGAGUUGCUGUUGUUUUUCAGGAAUAAAGGAAUGGGUUUUACUUAGA